AGGAACAUUAAACUUUACAUACCGUUGGUUACUAACAAUAAUGAUAACUAUCAAAUCCAUCUAUCCCAAUGGAUUUCAAUACAUUAAUUAUUUCACACAGUGAUUUAUUUUUAAUGAGUUUAGACCAACAUGGGUAUCAGUAUAAAAGGUUUAUCCAACAAUUUGGAAAUAAACUAACGUUUAGCGACUCCGUACCUAACUAUGAUUUUCCGUUUUUUGUUGUGUCUGUGUUUUAUUGGAUUAUAUGGAGCUCAUGCAAGAACCGAACACGAAAUUAAAGAAUGGCUGUUCCGCGAAGGCGUCGCUUGCAAUAAAGACUUUCCUAUAACACCGGAUGAGAUGAUGAUGCUGAAAGAUAACAAAUUACCUGAUUCUACGAACGCUAAAUGUUUGAUCGCUUGUAUUUUUAAGAAAACUGGUAUGAUCGACAGCAAAGGAAUGUUUGAUCCGGAUAAAUCAAUAGCAAUGACCGAAAAAGAUUUCGCUGAUAACCCGGAAAAACUGGCAAACUCCAAGAAGCUCAUGGAAGCCUGCAGGGGUGUAAACGAACAAGCAGUUGCUGAUGGGGAGAAAGGCUGUGAUCGAGCGAAACUUCUGUUUAAAUGCAUCAUUGAUUCUUCAUCUAAGGCUGGCAGAACGGACUCCGAAAUCAAAGAAUGGUUCUUUCGAGAAGGCGCGGCGUGCAACAGCGAACAUCCCAUAACUGCUGAAGAAAUGAUGAUGUUGAAAGAAAACAAAUUACCCGACUCUCCUAACGCAAAAUGUAUGGUUGCUUGCAUUUUCAAGAAAACUGGUAUGAUGGACAGCAAGGGUAUGUAUGACGCAGCAACUACGAUAUCAAUGAUGGAAAAGGACUACGCAGACAAUAAGGAAAAGCUGGAGAGUUCCAAGAAACUUUUGGAAUCCUGCAAGAAUGUGAACGAUCAAGCUGUUACCGAUGGUGAUAAAGGCUGUGACCGAUCCAUGUUUAUAUUUAAAUGCUUGACAGAAACCGCUGCUAAGAUGGGUAUCGAACUGCCGUAACUGGACUUAGUAUUAAUUACGCUCCACAUAAUAAUAUAAGAGACCUUAAAAAUAAAAAUAUACAAUAA